AUGAGUCCAGGUAAGUUACCCUAUGACACUAUUGAGAAUCAAGCUAAUCUUUCUGCUAUAACUACUAGGAGUGGUAAAAUUUUGAAAGGUGUCGAAAGAAAGAUACUAAAAAAUAGGGGUGAGGAAGUGGAAAAAUCUAAGGAAGAGAAUAAGGAAGUGAGUGAGAAGAAAAAAAUUAAUGAUAAAUCUGAAGUAAAUAAAGAUAAAGAAACCACUACUUUCCCCAAUGACAAGAGUUGUUGCAAGAUACCUUUUCCAAAAGCUUUAGUGAAAAAGAAUUUAGAAAAGCAAUUUUUUAAAUUUCUUGAGGUUUUCAAAAAGUUACAAAUAAAUAUUCCUUUUUCUGAAGCUUUGGAACAGAUGCCUGCAUACUCUAAAUUCAUGAAAGAGAUACUCUCUAGAAGAAGAAAGCUGAGUGAGGUAGAUGAGACCAUAAUGAUGAGUGAGGAGUGUAGUGCUAUCUUGCAAAGGAAACUUCCACAGAAAAUAAAAGAUCCUGGAAGUUUCACACUUCCUGUGGAAAUUGAAGGUUUACCUGUUGUUAAGGCUCUCUGUGAUUUGGGAGCAAGCAUUAAUUUGAUGCCUCUCACCAUGUUGGAGGGGUUGGGUUUAGGAGAGGUCACUCCCACCAUGAUCAACCUACAACUAGCAGAUAGGUCACUCAAAACUCCUUACGGGAUUAUAGAGGAUAUUCUUGUUAGGGUAGAUAAAUUUAUUUUCCCUGUGGAUUUUGUUAUAUUAGAUAUGGAAGAAGAUGCUAUAAUACCUCUCAUCCUAGGAAGACCCUUUUUAGCAACUGGUAAUGCAAAAAUUAAUGUGAGGAAGGGAAUUCUUUCUUUGAAAGUAGGAGAAGAAAAAAUGAGGUUUAAGGUCUUUGAGUCAUUGAAACAUAGGAAUGAUGAGAGUAUCUUUAGUGUUGAGGUAGUGGAUGAGUUCGUUUGUGAGGAAUUUGUGAGGAUUUCUAUGAAAGACUCUUUAGAAGAUGUGAUCAUGGAAGGAUUUGAGUCUACUGACUUACCUGAAUGUGAUGUUGAAACUGUGAACCAAUUGGAUUCAGUCUCAUCUCUCUCGUUUAGGAGUGUUUGGAGAGAGGAAUUAAAAAGAUAUGAGGAGACUCCAAUUAAAUCUGCAAAAUUGGAACUGAAACCUCUACCUCACCCUCAAAUAUGCUUAUCUUGA